GAGCGAAGGGGCAUGGCAUGAGGGCAGUACCAAUGCAGCUGCGACACAGAAGCUCGCGGCUUCUGCUGGGCGCCUCCCUCCUCCUCUCUCUCCCCAUCCUCUUGAUCCUGUCUCGUCUCAGCUCCGGCGAUGACGACCGCGACGCGACGCUUCUCACGAAAAGAACUACCGCCCUCGAGUACUUCAAGGAUCUUGGGUACAGCAAUGCAGAGAAAUGCGAUGGAAGCUUGCCCAUGGCAGAGCAGUCGCCAGUAGCGAUUGAAGAUGGACUGGACGGAAAUGUUGUGAGAGAGCAACUUCCUCCCAUUGGAUGGAUUUCUCUCAACGAUGGUGGCGUGUAUCGCAUGAAAACUCCUGGCACAGACCAAGUGACCGGAGAGCCGAAUGUCAAGCUGUUUGUGAAUGGGAACAAGUUUGACAUGAGGGAGCUCCAGGCUCACAUGGAUUACGGAGGUCAGACUUACAAGCUCGAUCACUUCCUCCUCAAGACACCCGCUGAGCACACUAUCGACGGUGUCACGUUUGGGAUGGAGCAGCAGUUUGUGCAUUAUCCCGUGUCGCCGAGCUCACCUUACACCUCUCUUGUCGUCUCUGUCUUGUAUCAGGAGCAUCCUCUCAUCUCUCCCGAGUUCAUGGAGAAGUUGUACCUGGCGAUCCCCUGCAUGGGGGAGGGCAAACAUUGCCAGCGAACGGUAAACUUUGCGUCCAUGGCUCGUACAGUGCUGUACCAGACAGCCGGCGCAUCGAGGUUCCACAAGCUCACGUACGAGUACGAUCCCAUGGACGCGUGCAAGACUCCUCCCUGCGUCUUCGCGGGGUCAGCCGGCGACGCCAUCGUGCAGAACUUCCUAGAGCCAACGUCUCGGGCCAACUUCCGCUCCUACUUCAAGUACAGGGGAUCGCAGACGCUGCCGCCCUGCGAGGAAGGAGUGCUGUGGCUGGUCAUGCAGAACGCAGUUCCGAUCCAGAGCGAUCACCUCGCUGCAUUCCAGCUCGCGCUCGGGGACAUCGCGAGGCCUGUGCAGCCUCUUAACGGGCGAGUGAUCCAGGAGGCGUUCAGCCGCUUAUGGAAGUAG